ACACACACACACGACACAACAGUCUAUUGCAAGUUCGUUCGUGUAUUUUAUAAACAUGAAGCAAUAAAGUGUAACUAAAGAACUGAAAUAAAAUGCAAUCAUCACUUUAAAGACACUUUAAAAUGUCCGACAUACAAAUAGUUAACACAAGAGGAGAGAAAAAAAAAUUCCACUCCGGACCAAUCAGGGAGUGAUGUCACAAAGCGUACACCAAUCAGAAGAGAAGGAGACAAACGUGCCCAAUGAGAAAAGAGGCGAAACACAAAUGAAGUUAGGAGGAGCUACGAGCAGGAGACAAACCUGGUACUGAGUGUGAAACCGGUCCAAGUCUUUCUGCCAAAAAAACUUUCCAUGCCCGGAUCGACGCUGGAGCAUCGCCGGAAUCUGCUGCUGCACGAAAAAAAAAAGGAAAAGGAGUGAAGAGGAAUUUAACACUCAGUAGCGUUGAGAACUAGUCAUUUAAAAGUGGAAUAUAAGUCUCCAGAAAGCUAUUCGGUCAGGUUUGUGGAAGGAGAGGAUGGACCGAGCGUCAAGCUCCAGCCCCACAGGUCAGACCUCUCAACCUGGCCAACAUGAGACCAUCAGCUUCGGCAUCGAUCAGAUCCUCAGCGGUGGAGAACCGGAGAGCCAAAAACAGCGACAACAACAAGAACAGCAACAGAACUCGACACAGAGCAGUCCGGACAGCACGCAUGGGCACCGAGCGGCCAGUCCAAAUCCCUACACCGCGCUCUCGGGUGCAUUUCACGGCUUGUCCGCUCCGUAUGACGAAUCCGGUGCGUACGGACCGAACUUCGCUCUGGCACCCGGCGGUGUAAUCAGAGUCCCGGCGCACAGGCCGCUCACCGCCGCCGUGCCUCCCUCUGUCCCCGCGCUCAGCGGCAUCGGUUUUCCCUGGAUGGAGAGCAGCCAGCGCUUCGCCAAGGACCGCUUUGCAGCGGCCCUGACGCCCUUCACGGUGGUCGCACGGCGAAUCGGUCACCCGUACCAAAACCGGACGCCGCCCAAGCGGAAGAAGCCGCGCACGUCGUUCUCGCGCGCGCAGAUCUGCGAGCUGGAGAAACGUUUCCACCGGCAGAAGUACCUGGCCAGCGCCGAGCGCGCAGCCCUCGCCAAGACCCUGAAAAUGACCGACGCGCAGGUUAAAACGUGGUUCCAGAACCGGAGGACCAAAUGGAGACGGCAGACGGCGGAGGAACGUGAGGCCGAGAGACAGCAGGCCAACCGUCUGAUGAUGCAGCUUCAGCACGACGCCUUCCACAAGUCUCUGAGUGAGCCGCUGCCGGCUGACCCAUUGUGCAUGCACAACUCUUCCCUGUUCGCUCUGCACAACCUGCAGCCAUGGGCCAGCGAAGAGGGUGGCAAGCUCACGGCACUGGCGUGAGACCCUCCAUACCCAACAUUACCCCCCUCUUUGAACGCCCCAAUCACCCCCGUGCCCCAUCCCAAAUGCCUCCCUCUUUAAUCAUCAUGCAGCUGCAUCUGGAACAACGGGACGUUUUCUGUACAAAAAGUGGAGGCCGAGCUCCAAAACCCCCACACAGCCACACAGAGGGCUGCAGCGAGAGAUUCUUCUUUCAAUCUUUUUUUUAAUCUAUCUUUCUUACCAUCUCUCUUUCUCUCACUCCAUCCUCUCAUCGUGUUGAAGGAAUGCCGCAAAGACACAUAACCGAAGAUAAAUUAUUCACUACAUGACCUCCCACGGCCCCUACGAUGGGCAAUUUUAACAUAAGGACACACCCACCCACAUGCCUGAAAGAAACACAGCACCACUUACAUUUUUAGUAAGGGGUCAAGGGCUAUUCUGCCGAGGAAAGCUUGCCGUAAUUUUGGUGCACAAAGUUAAUGUUAAUCGACCAAUUACAAGCUUGAUUUCACAUGACAUCACUAAACUAGCAAACUGGAACUUUUCACCUCAGGUUGAAAAGAUAAAAAAAUACUUUUAAUUGUCUUGUCUUUUAACAGAGAAAUACAAACAGUCUGCACUUACUGUAA